AUGGAUAAUGUGAUUUAUCAUCACGAUCUUCUUCAACAGCAACUCAAUGAACAAGAUACAGUGUUAAGUCAACAUCCAUUAAUGAUGGAAAUCAAUAAUUGGGAACGUGAGAGUGUAGAAAAGAUAAGAUAUGCAGCAGAGAAAACAGGUAAAGAAGCCGAUGGUUACUCAGAGAAAGAUUUAAGUGGAUGGCUGCAAGCAUUGGAAAAGUUAAAAAAUCAGUUAUCAACACCAUCAGAUGUAAAGUUACAGAAGAUAAAGGAUGAAACAUGGUUGCAACGGCUUGAAAUCAUGACAGAUCCCAUUAAUUCAUCAGAAAAAUUUGAGAAAGGAUGUGAUAGUGUUCAUAUAUUAGAAAACGGUCUCGUUGCAGAACAUAAUGAAACAGAAAUUGCUGCUGAAGUUCGAGGUUUCACGAAAUACUCAACGGGAACUCAUAAAAUCGGUUUGAAAAUUGAAAAAAUGACGAAUAACAAUUGGAUGUUUUGGGGAAUUAUAUCCCAAAAUACUGCAACUCAAAAGAAUUCUUUCUCUUCAAAAUCAAGCAACGGAUGGGCCAUGUUCAAGUAUGUGUAUUUAAAUGGUGAAUACAGCGUUGGAUACAAUAACUAUCAAGGUGAUAUUGUUGAAAACGACAUACUUUACUUAACACUAAAUUGUGAUAGUCAAACUAUCGAACUUGAAAAUGAACGUACGAAGCAAAAGAAUUCUAUCGCCAUUGACUUGAACGACUGCCCAUUUCCUUGGCAAUUACAUAUUAAUAUGUAUAACAGUAAUGAUCGUAUUCGUAUACUGGCAUAG